GUGGUUUUACCACAAAAUUUUUGGGUUUACCUCCAUUAAUGGUCUCUUAUCAAUCAAUUAAUGUGAUACAAGAAUUCUGUUGUUACCUUAAAAAUAUUUAAAAUCACGUUGUCACUGUGUCAGUGUCCCAACAUCAAAUUUUAAAAGAAAUCGAAACAACAUGGGAAGAGCAGAAAAAAAAAGGGAAUCAUUUAUAUGGUUCAAAUGCAAAGGAUCAGGUCGAGAAGCCGCAUUUAAACAAAUCAGAAAAAUAAAAAAGUCAAUAAUACACAAUAAUCGGUCAGCUGAGCCUUGCAGCAUGUGCGUAAAUAGAGAAAGAAAAAGAGUUCAGGAAGUUGUUGCAAAAUUAGACCUUUCGGAUUUAUUUAAAUGCCAACGAGUAUGCCGCCAAAUGGAUUUAAAACAGGAUAUACAAGAGCCAUCUGAAAAGUUUUUUUGGCCCAAGGAAGUUUCAGAAGUUGAUACAAAUAAACUAAAGCAAGAAGAAGAAGAAGAAGAAGAAGAAGAUGAAGAUGUUAUAUCAAUUAAUGAACAAUUGGAAAUUUUAAAUUUUUAUUUGAGGCAGACUUAUAACUAUUGUGUUUACUGUGGAACAGUGUAUGACGAUGAGACUGAUAUGAUGGAAGAAUGUCCUGGCCCCAAUCGACAAGAUCAUUAAAUUAGAAUUAUAUAAAUAAAUUAUAACAUAUAACCAAAACAUAGGAACAAAGUCUUAUAAUUUAUUAAAUGUUUUGUACUUUUUUU